AUUUCACCGUGUAGAGAAUUUGUAAGCGUGUGUCACAAUUCCAAAUAGCGAGCAGAAAAAGUUGAGCCUAAAGAGCUACAAAAAGUACCCGAAGGCAGCAGCAAGAGGUGGCGCGGACUCGGAGCUAGGUUCUGCUGCUGCAUGAAUACAGUGAAGAAUUGUACUAGCAAGACAGGCGGUGUUAACAGGUAUUAAAAUGUCCGGGAAGAGUUUUCGAGUUAGCGAUGGGGACUGGAUUUGUCCCGAUAAAAAGUGUGGAAACGUGAAUUUUGCUAGAAGAACUAGUUGUAACAGAUGUGGCAGGGAGAAGACCACAGAGGCAAAGAUGAUGAAAGCUGGAGGAACAGAGAUUGGGAAAACGCUGGCUGAGAAGAGCAGAGGUCUCUUCAGUGCAAACGACUGGCAGUGCAAAACAUGCGGCAAUGUGAAUUGGGCCAGACGGUCAGAGUGCAACAUGUGUAACACACCGAAAUAUGCCAAGCUUGAAGAAAGAACAGGUUAUGGUGGAGGUUUCAAUGAAAGGGAGAAUGUGGAAUACAUUGAACGGGAGGAAUCUGAUGGUGAAUAUGAUGAAUUUGGCAGGAAAAAGAAGAAGUUUCGUGGGAAGAACAGCGGCACAUCGUCCCCAAAAGAAAGUGAAAAGAAAGAAGUAGUAAAAGAGGAGGAGGAAGAAGAAGAAGAAGAAGAAGAAGAAGAAGAAGAAGAUGGUGACCUUUCCAAGUACAAACUGGAUGAUGAUGAGGAUGACGAUGAAGAUGGAGACCUGUCAAAAUAUGACCUGAACGCCAGUGAUGAUGAGGACAAACCAGCCAAGAAAAAGGGUAGCCGCUCGGGAUCAUCACGUUCCCGCUCAUCCUCACGCUCUUCCAGCUCCAGUUCACGGUCGAGGUCCAGGUCCCGCUCUAGAAGCUCAUCCAGUUCCAGAUCUGGAUCUCGCUCCAGGUCCCACUCCAGAUCCAGCUCCAGGUCUGGAAAGGGCUCCUCUCCCCGGAAGAGGUCCCACUCUCCUUCCUCCUCACCUGAGAGGAGUCAGAAGCGCAGUCGCUCCAGGUCCUCAUCUGGAGGGAGAAAACGGAGGCGUACUAGAUCACGUUCGUCCGAAAGGGGCCGUGACCAGUCCUCUGGAUCCUCCCAUUCUGGCUCCAGUUCAAAAAAGGAAUAACUUUAUUACAGCCUUUAAAACAAGAUAAGGAACGUUAGUACAAGUGCAUGUUGUGUUGCAAGGAAAACAACCCCAUCCGUUCAGUAUGUUCAUUUUUAUUGAGCCUCCAGUCUUAUUUCCUUUUAAAAAAGAAAGUGCAACAUUACUUCUCUCUGUCAUUACAUUAAUAUCAUUACACGCUCCUGAUUUUAAAAACCACAAGCAUACUAAUCUGUGACAAGUGUCUUAACUAUAGGUGUCCAAUAAGCAUAAAUGUGUGGUCCUAUAAAAAAUAAACUGUGAAGAGGCAGUAUCCCAUCAAAACCCAUUUUGCAUAAUGUCUUCAUGGCAAUACCAUUUACUCAGCUCACUUGUGGAAAAAUUGAAGUAAAUUUUCCUGAUUAUUUUUGUACCUAGGAAAGCUCUUAGGUUGUGGUUUAAAAAGAGUCUUCUUUCUUAAAUAAAUACAUUUGUUUUAAGUAAAAGGUACCAGUUUAGUAAAACCUGAAAGUAGCAAUGGAUUUUGGCCCAUUUUAUUUUAUAAGUGUUAUUUGUGUUGGUUUUUCAAGGUAAGUAUUUUACUUUUUGAUAUUAAGUGGCAGAAAAUCAGCAUUCUUUGAUUAUGUUGCAAUUGUUUGUUUGUUUUUCUUCUUUACACAAUUAUGGCCUAAAUUUACCACUCAGUUAUUCCUCAUCACUUGUCUUUUGAAAAAUUGACUCAUUAAAUAAAUGACAGAUAUUUCUGCUCCAUACAAUAGCAAACCUGUCCCAGUUUAUGGUAAUGUGGCAAUGCAGUCUUUUUAGUGGUGAAACUAAAAUGUACACCUGUAAAUAAACUUCUGUGAACAUUG